UGAAAUGGCCAUUUUGGGUUUUCACUGGACGUGACAGCAGCUCCGAACACACUGGAAUAACUUGAAGGGGCGAUAUAACAAGGUAAGGUGUCGUGUUAUUUGUUUUCUGCGUCCGAUAAUGUUUUCUAGCUUGCGAGUUUCAAGAAUGCUUUCACAUGGCAGGAAAGAGUGGAGCAAAACCGCAGUGGCGCGGCACCGUCGAGCUGGCUCUGGUACGCCGAGAUGAGUGCCAUUCUGUCUCACCGCCCGAUGACAGAAGCUCAGGCAUACGGCAUUGACAGCCAUGUGGACACCGAAGGUGACGACAGUCGGACAGAUUUAAGCGAGGACGAGGAGCUACAGGCGAAUGAAAGUACCCCGGGAUCCUCAAGCGGAAGCAACACUCCUGUGCCACGGGCAAAGAGGCCACGACGGACGAGGAAUUCGGAGCUCGCUGAGAUCUUAGCAGAACAGCAAAACAGAACUGCAGAGACGCUACAGAAACAUACAGAGCUGAUAUUUGAACAGCAGAGGCAGCUUUUAGAAGAUGAGCAAAAAAAGCUCGGAGAUAUAAUGAGCACUAUAAGCACAUCGUUUUUGCAGGGCAGACAAGCAAUGAUGGCGCAGCUGCUGAGCCAACCACUGCAAGCUUACCCUCAGCCUCUGCAGAUAUACAGCCAGGCUCUACAGCAAGACAGCCAGCAGAGCAGGCUGUUUCAGUUUACGUGGCCAAUAUUCACCACUGCAGAACCUGUUACCCAGAGUGCAGUGCCACCAAAUAGAGUGGCAGGAACUUCAAGCAGCACCAAGGAAUGA